CCCGUGGCGUUUUAUAAGGUGGCGUGAAGACGCUGCCGCAGAGAGAUGGAAGCAGCGAAGAGAGCCGUGUUGGUGACCGUGGCCGCCUUUGACCCGGGGGUUCCUCUCAACCGCAGACCUGGCGCCACCAAGGACGCCCGCAGGCUCCACCGCAUCCUGACCCGGCUGGACUUCAAGGUGGACCUCCACCAAGACCUCCACAGCCAUGAAAUCUACUCACUCUUUCGGAAAGAGAGUCGGCGCCCAGUGUCUGAGUGUUUCCUGGCCGUCUUGUCGUCUCACGGCGAGGACGGCUGCGUGUUCGGCGCCGACGGGAAGCGUGUGUGGUUGUCACGCGUGUUUGCCUUCUUUGACCACGUGGACAUGGAGCAGAAGGUCAAAGUGUUCCUCGUCCAGGCCUGUCGAGGCGGCGUUCUGGACGAUGGCGUGGUGGUCGACUCGGGCGGCGGUGGAAGCGGCGAGCCCGCCGGGGAUGUCUGCUCUGACAUUUCCGCUCCUGUCAACACCCUGGUCAUGUACGCCACCGUGCCAGGCUACGUGGCGUUCAUGCAUCCGACGGGAUCGGUCUUCCUGCAGACGUUCUGCUCGCUCCUGGAGGAGGAGGAGCAUCGUCGCUUGGAGCUGACCCGUUUGAUGACCCGCCUGUCUCACAGCGUGGCCUACACCUUCCAGGCCAAAGGUCGCCAGUUCGGCGUUAAGAAGGAGAUGCCGUGCUUCCUGACCCGGAUGACCCGGGAGGCGUUCCCUUUCGCCGAGCCUCGGAAAGACGGCGCUGCCGCCGGCCUGUCAGCCGUUACGCUGCUGGGCGGUGACGUCGCCAAGAAACGGACACCGUCCAUAAGUUAAACUCUUACUUUGAAAUGUUCCUCAUUUGUUUUUACACUCCUGUGAGCAGCGUGCAACACUUUUUUUU